UUAAAUUUACAGGCCAACUUUCUUUAUUCCAGUUAAAUUAUUUUAUAAGAAUGAGCGAGGAUCGAAAAAUAAUUGAAUUCAAAGGAAUUAAAUAUUAUUUAGAGGAAUGUCGGUGGUAUCGAUUGACUCCAAUUAUAAACGACAAUGUGCUUGCUGACAACAAUACUGAAACGCCUGUAAUAAGCCUUCCACAAGAGAAUCUAUUGGAUCUUUUAUUUCAAAAAUAUUAUUGA